CCUUUGGGUCAUUUGGUCAAUUUUCUUCAACAGCAGCAUAGAUUAUUUGUGAGAUUAAAAAGAAUGAAUCCUAUCGAGCAAGGAGAACAUUUACUAGCAUUAAAAGUAAUGCGGCUAACACGACCAACUUUGGUUGCUCCCCAAGUGAUAUCAUGCGAACCGAGAGAUUUGCCCCAAUUUAGUCUCAAACAAGUUCUGGAAUCAGAGGGCACCUCAAUUGCUGGUGCUGAGACCUUAGCUGCCGGUCAGUUUAUGCUACUACCACAAUCGUUUGGCAACAUUUACUUGGGCGAAACAUUUUCCAGUUAUAUUUGUGUGCAUAAUUGCACCUCGCAUCCUGUGGAGGGCGUUACUGUAAAGGCCGACCUACAAUCCAAUAAUACUCGCAUUAAUUUGCCCAUGCAUGAAAACAAAACUAAGCCAACCACACUUGGAGCAGAUGAGACUCUGGACGAUACAAUACGCUAUGAAGUAAAGGAAAUUGGAACACACAUCUUAGUUUGCGAAGUGAAUUAUAAUACCCCUGCUGGGUUUGCACAAUACUUUAGAAAAUUCUUUAAAUUCCAAGUACUAAAACCACUUGAUGUGAAAACCAAAUUUUACAAUGCUGAAAUGGAUGAAAUCUAUUUGGAGGCUCAAAUACAAAACAUAACUACAGGCCCAUUUUGCCUUGAAAAAGUAGAACUUGAUAGCUCGGACCAAUAUACGGUGACAUCGUUAAAUACCUUGCCAAAUGGUGAAUCGGUUUUUACUUCCAAAAAUAUGCUACAACCCAACAACAGUUGUCAGUUUUUGUACUGCAUAAAGCCAAAGCCUGAGAUAGCCAAAGACAUCAAGGCUUUGCGUGCUGCCAAUAAUGUGGGGAAGCUUGACAUAGUCUGGCGCUCAAAUUUGGGGGAAAAGGGUCGUUUGCAGACAAGCCAACUGCAAAGAUUGCCCUUCGAAUACAAAGACGUUCGCCUGGAGGUAAUAGAUGCGUUGAAUAUAGUCAAAGUUGGGGAGCCAUUUACCUUUACUUGUCGUGUUACCAAUACAGCUGAGAGGCCCAUGGACUUGGUGGUAAAGUUGCCAACUCCCAUUGAUUUUAGUUGUCCCUAUACGGGUUCUGCUGAAUUUAGCUUGGGUGUUAUCGACCCUGGGCAAUAUCGUGAAUUUCCCCUCACAAUAUGCCCCUCGAAAUUGGGUUUGAUUAAGGUGACUCCUUUAAUUUUUGUCAACACUUUGCUGCAGGAACAGUACACUAUCGAAAAAGUGGUAGACGUUUUUGUAGUAGACACUGACUAUCAUGAAGAUGAAUCAUUCCAAAUUAAUAAGUUUGUGCGCUAUGAUAAUGCCGCCAAAUUAGAAGAUCAAUCCAUGCAGUUGCAAGUUGUUUAGCCUAAGUAGACAAAUACUGUUAUAUAAAUAAGUUAUAAGAUAAUUACAAUUACAAAAACCUAUUGUAUGUUUUAAAGU